GUAACAUGAAUUUGCUUCCCCUCGGUUGCACUGAAAGUCAUGGCAGGUCCUGAUCUGAUAAAAACUCUCCUGUACACCGUCAAUAAUCUGCUACAGCAGGAGAAGUACAAAGCUGCGCUGGCUGUGCUGAAAGGAUUCAGAAACGGUGCCGUAUAUGGGGCCAAGAUCAGAGCUCCACAUGCCCUGGUUAUGACAUUUCUGUUUAGAAGUGGCAGUUUAAGAGACAAGCUCAAAGCCAUUUUGAAGGCCACAUACACCCACUCCCGAAAUCUGGCGUACUUUGUGUUCACGUACAAAGGACUGCAAGCCUUGCAGCAGAAGAUUCAAGGAAAGAGUUUGCAGUCCCACUCCUUUCUGGCUGCCUGCGUCGGAGGGUGGUUAGUGUUUGGAGACAACAACAACAUCAACAGCCAGAUCAACAUGUACUUGCUCUCCAGGAUCCUCUUCGCUCUGUCUCGGCUGGCUGUAGAGAAAGGAUUCAUCCCUCAGCCCAAGCAAGACCCCUUCCCACUCUUUGCCACGCUGGUUUGGGGCAUCGUGUUGUGGCUGUUUGAGUAUUACCCACACACCCUUCAGCCCUCUCUGCAGUCCUCCAUGACCUACCUUUACCACGAUAGCAACGUGUGGCACGACAUCUCAGACUUCCUUGUGUAUAAUAAACCACGGACUGCUUCUCAGAAAUGAAGCUUUAGGUUUUGUCUCCACUGAUUAUUUCUCCAUAAUGCAUAAUCAUAGCAUUGUUUUUUUUUUAUAAUGAUCAAAUAUUCCAAAUAUGGUUAUGAAUGUUGCCUUUUAAAUUUUUUGUGGAAUUAUUAUUUGUUUUAUAGGAAAUUUAUUUUCCUGUUUUAAUUCAGUGACAUUUCUUUUGUGCCAACUUGCACCAAAUUUCCAGCUGAAGAGCUAUACCAUUGCUGUAAAGCGCAUUUAAGUCUACCUAGUGUUAUUUUCUCUUGUUUGUAUUUUGAUUAUUCGCCUAAUUUGUUCAAUUUUCCGCAAGUGUCAGGAAACACAGACAAAUGCAGAUCAAUGCAAUACAGACUGAAAUGCUGUUAUCUACUGUAAACCUGUAGCUACAAGAGACACAAAAAUGUCAGUAUGGGUAAUAUUAUACCAGACUAAUGUGUUGAAAAUAAAGGCAUUUGCACAUUUUGAGAUGCAGGUUGAGAUGAUGACAACUAAUGAAGCACUACAUAUUAAUUUUUUUGUGUUUGUGAAUGAAAAUGAUGAUUUCUUAAUAUUACAGGACCCUCUGUCAGACUGCGAAUCCUCCCACCCCACAGCACAUACACAAAAUAGUGAAUGUGCAUGUCCAAGUGUUUGUUAUUUUAUUUCAAGUGGCUAAAGGUGUGCCUUUGUGCUUUAUUUGAGGGUUGAAAGAAAUCCUGUUUCAGUCGAACCUGUUUCCUCUUUUCUGUUAAAGGCUGAAUCAUCGCUUUUGCAGCAAACUACCUUUUGAACUGUGGCAGCGGUCCACUGUGUAAACAAUGAUUGUUUAUUCUUUUUUCUGGGAUGAUCUACUUGACUACCUAAAUAGUAAUUUAAAUAUUUGUGGUUGUCAUGGACGCAUUUCCUCAAGUUCUGUACUAAAGUGUGUAAAGUUUUUAAAGAUCUCAUCCAGCCAUGAUUGAAGACAUUCACUGUAAAUAUAAUCUACUUUGAAAUACAUUUUUUGUCUGAUUUUUUGA